GAAAGAAAAUCCGAGAAAAGGUCAAAUGAGGAAGGGACCUGAAGUACAUAAUAAACAAUGGCGACGAGCGUCGUAUAAUUCACUCACUCGGACUUUCGGAGAACUGAAGCGCCCGGGCGCAGGAACCGACGUCAAUCCGCACACAACACUGUGGAUUUCACUGAUUGCUUCGAUCAUUGAUUGUUGAUUGAUUGAUUCAUUCGGGUUCGAAAGAGUUGAUUUGUUCGAGCUAAAGUUCAAGCUAGAGUUGAGUUCUUCCUUUUAUCUGUAAUCUUCAUUUCUUGUUUGUUUAUUCGAAGAAAUCAUCGAAACCCCAUCAUCCAUCUGUGAAUCAUUACGGGACAGAUAGAGAAUUGGAAUUUAAGUUAUAGGUCAUCUUUCUUCUGCCCCCACUGGGUUAGGGUUUUCUUUUCCGUUUUUCUUUUGGGCUUCACUCCUUAUUUAUACAUCCAUCUUACUCUCACUGCUUCUGAGUUGUUUAAAUGUUCAAAAGUGGGAGGCGGCACGCCUACGACCCCAUUCUGCUGCUAAAUUUAACGCCGGUUUGAGACGCAGGGCCAUUCUGGUUCGGAUCAUUCCUCUAUUAGUUGUUUUGAGCUAAAUUUGAGCUAGAAGUAGAAGAUGGAAAAUGGUUUCGAGGGGAGAUCAUUGGCUGAAAAAUUCUCGGAGUUGGGCGUCAGUGCUGCUCCAGCAGAGCAAUCUAACUCCCUCUCAUCCAACAAUCACAGUAACAACAACGAUAGCAACUUGUUUCAGGUUUUGAAAGCUGUUGAAGCAGCCGAGGCUACCAUCAAGCAACAGGUGGAGGAAAAUAAUCGACUGAGGAUUGAACUUCAGAAAAAGAUUCAGGAACUUGAGAAAUGUAAGGUUGAUGAACCUUUGGCUCAAAGGUUUCAUUCCUCAAACCAAUGGAAUGAGAAGGUCCAUCAUGAAUCUAAUGGGGAUCAUCAAUCAGAUAGUUCAGUUGAUUACGAAAGGCAUAGAUUUAAGAAUAAUGUUUCUGUUGUUGAUUCACACGGAACGCUAGUUGUCCAUCAAGAUGUUGAGCACAAAGAUGAAGUUUCCAUGCAAGUUGAUACAGAAUCUCGCUUUGAGGACAGCAAGUCGGACAGGAUGGUAAAAGCUCUUACCAGUGUUCUGCCUCCAGUUGAUAAUGCUGGUUGCUCGCAGUUCUCAUCACCAUCUACAACAUCUUUAUCUGCUAGCAGGUUUACAGUGGAUGUAGAAUAUGAUCCACGGAUUAAGUUGUCUGGACAUGGCAUGAUGCCAAAGUCUGAUGCAAAUAAUCCCAACAGUCUCUGGAAGCAGGACCUUGUUGUUAAAGUCCAGGAACAUGAAGAUGAAAUUGUGCAGUUGCGGAAGCAUCUUGCUGAUUAUUCUACCAAGGAGGCACAAAUACGAAAUGAAAAAUAUGUUCUGGAAAAACGAAUUGCCUAUAUGCGUUUGGCCUUUGAUCAACAACAACAAGAUCUUGUUGAUGCUGCUUCUAAAGCUCUCUCAUAUAGACAAGAAAUAAUUGAGGAAAAUAUUCGUCUUACAUAUGCAUUGCAGGAAGCACAACAAGAGAGAACCACAUUUGUAUCAUCGCUACUACCUCUUCUUGCGGAAUAUUCACUUCAGCCUCCUGUGCCUGAUGCUCAGUCCAUCAUCAGCAAUGUCAAGAUUCUAUUUAAGCACUUGCAGGAGAAGCUUCUUCUCACUGAGACAAAAUUGAAGGAGUCCCAGUAUCAAUUAACACCUUGGCGCUCUGAUGCAAGCCACUCAAGUUUUGCACCACAGUCACCCGUUCAUUCAAUUGGUGCAACCUUGACCACUUCAAAUAAAAAUGGGCUUGAACUGGUUCCUCAACCUCCAUACUGGAACGGGAAGAUGCCAGUUUCUUCUUCUGAUGCUCAGACCACAGCUGAUUGGGAUCUACCAACUCAUCAUCAGAUUGGUUUAGGUGUUGGUGUUGCAAAAAAGUUGGAACCAGAUGAUUUGGGGAGGUAUUCACAUCAUGCAAGCAGUGAAGGAACAAACAAACAGGUGACAUUUCGUGAGCCUGUAAGCAAUAGUGAGAUUGAUGACCAGGAUGUGGUCCACCAAACAGAGAGAGAACCUAUCACCAACUGGAGUUCUGGGCAAUCCCCUCCUCCCGCCACUCUCGAUGAGCCAAGCUCUUCUCAUUCUCCAGCUUUGCCUCCAGUCCUCGAGGAACCUUCACCUUCAUUUUCUGAAGAUGAUGAUCCAUUACCUGCUAUCGAGGCCCUUCAAAUAUCUGGCGAAGCUUUUCCGGGACAAGAACUCCAAGCAUGUGGAUACUCGAUUAAUGGAACAACUAGCUGUAAUUUUGAGUGGGUACGCCACUUGGAAGAUGGAUCUGUAAAUUACAUUGAAGGAGCGAAGCAACCAAACUAUCGUGUUACUGCGGAUGAUGUUGACACCUAUCUGGCUAUUGAAGUCCAGCCUUUGGACAACAGAAGGCGCAAGGGAGAGCUUGUAAAGGUUUUUGCCAAUGACCACCAAAAGAUUACUUGUGAUCCGGAAAUGCUGAACCAGAUAGAGAAGACUCUUUACAGCGGUCAUGCAUCAUAUAAAGUAUCCAUGUCGACUGGAUUUCUUGAUAUAUGGGAAGCGGCUACACUGUCCAUCAAGAGGGAAGGAUACAGUAUAAAAUUUAGUGGGGCUAGUGGUGAUGUCAUCACGGAAAAGUUUUCUCCAAAUACAGUUGUUUCAAUUCCAUUUGGAAAUCCUUCUGGGUUUAUAAUAAUUGGUAACAAUUUUGAGCAUCAGUUGCGAGUGGAUCACAAUCCUGCUGAUAUUACCUGUUUGAGAGAUACCAUUGUGCUAACCUUGAGAUUAUUCAUUCUAAGGGCUGGCGAGAGAAGGAAAGGAAGAAAGAGAGUUUUGUUCUUUCACAAGUAAAGAAAAAUAGUAAAUGCAAAGUUUUCCAUUGCCGUUUUUUUUUACCUCUCUCUAUUUUAUGUCAGUUUUGUUGAAUUAGCUCUUUUCUCAAGACUUUAUUUAUGAGAAAUGUAUAUGAUGGGUAAAAUGAGAAUGAAACAGUGCCUUCCUCUCGUUACGCCACUUGAGCCUUCAGCUUCACUUUUUGUUUAUGCUCUGAAUAAUAUAUGAUGCUGUUC